AUGCACAUUAUCCCUGAAUGCUGCAUAUGUAGGCUCAGCUUAAAAAACAAUCUGUGUGUAGAAAAAAACUGCGGAAAUGUAUUCCACUAUAGUUGUAUAAAGCAAUGGAUAGGUGUCCAAAAAUCUUGCCCCCUGUGUAAAAGUACGUGCUGCAAAAAGGAUCUGCUAUUUAUACACUAUGAAAUUAACGAGGAUAAUAAAAUGCCCAUCAUGGACGAAAGUUACAUGAACAAAAAUAAAAAUGAGCUCUACGAAGAUUUAGUAAAAUUCGAAGCGGAACUGAUCAAGACGCAAAAUGAAAAUGAAAAAUAUUCGCUUGAAAUUUUAACCUUAACAAAUAAAAAUAAGAUUUUAAGUGACACAGUCAACCAAAAUAAGAUAAAAAUUGAUCAGGAGAAAAAUGAAAAAAUAAAACUGAAGCAAUUGAAGGAUGAAUAUUUGAAAGACAAAGUAUUGCUCUCUACGAAAAUACAGGAAUAUGACAAGGAAUUGAAAAAAUACAAAAUUAUCGAAAAAUAUUUAAACGACUUGAACAAAGAAGACUUAAACAAAAUUAAUUUACUUUUUGGCUUGAACGUGUUAACCUUAGAGGAACAGCAAAAUGUUAUUUUAAAUUAUCUAAAAAAUUGUCUCAGUACUCAGAAGAAAAGCGAGUUAAUUGUGAAACAGCUUAAAGAAGACAUAACACAGAAAGAUGAUGAAAUACAAAACUUGAAGGAGAAGCUAUACACUUACAAACUUCAGCAUGACAUUGCGGACGAAGACAAUUUCGACGGGCGACUCAUGAAUGAAGGGGAGGAAAACGACAUGAAAACAAUUAAAAUUAAAAGUAAAGUUAUUCGCAGAGUCAAAACCUUGGACUCGGGGGAAAAAUUGGACGUCAGAAGACCAGGCCGGGCUCCUCCGUACAGUAAAUCCAAGACCAGCGCUACCAGCGCUACCAGCGCUACCAGCGCUAUUGGCAUGAGUGAGCAGAAUGUUAGCCAUCUGUGUAGCAAUCUGUUGAGUGGAAGACAGAUGAGAGGAGGGCAAUUUAGGGGCGAGCGCUUGAUGAGUGAGCGGCUGAAUGACGACCAGUUAAGCAGCAGUCAGAUAUGCGGAAAUUCCAGAAACAACAGCCAAGACUUCUUAAACUUUAUCGACAAAAAAAUGAACAACACCCCUGAGCACAUCAAUGUCACCCCCCGGAAGAGGAAGUUUCACUCAAUCGAAAUUGACCUCUUUAGGAACAAAUCCGUGGACAAAAUUUUUAGCGACCUCCCUGAAAGGCAGAAUUUCCAGGAAUGCAAGGACCUCGAGGAUGUGCACUCCAUCCCAACAGACUCAGGAAACACCAAGAGUUCGCAGAACAGCUUGAAGCUGACUACAGGGCCUUCCGCCUGGCUCAAGCAAGUGCAGGGUGUUAAAGCCAACAAGGGGAAGUCAAAGAAGUUUUACACCAAGCAGUCGACCAAAAUAACGGAUUUUUUUAAACGCCUUUGA